AUGGUGUUGUUGCGCGUCCCCGAGCUGUCGCUGAGCUCCCUAGCCGGCUUCACCGUGGCACUUCUGUUCGUCUCGCUUGCUCUGCGUGUCGUAUACAACCUUUACCUGCAUCCGCUCGCCCGAUUCCACGGCCCUUGGUACGCCGCGUCGUUCUCGAUAUGCUCCGCAAUCAUAUCCAACCUCAAGCUCGAGCCGCAAUGGUUGUUGUUCCUGGCCAAGCGUUAUGGCACUGCGGCGCUCAAGGACAUCUACUGGGAUCCAAAAUGCAACACAAAAGGACCGCUGUACGGGACCGGGGCCCUUGGCCCGCCGCAGAUUUUCUCUACCAUCGACGGGAAUGACCACAGAGCCUUGAGGAAAGCACUGGGUGGACCACAGGCGCGGAUCGACGACCACGUCAAUCUGUUCGUCCGCAGAAUGAGCGAGUAUGCCGAGCGGAACCAGCCCGUGAUACUCUCCGACAAAGCGGCCGAGUUCGCCGCCGACAUCAUGGCCCUCGUGUCGUUCUCGACCCCCUGGGGUUUCGUCGCCAACAGCCGAGACGAGCGCAAGAUCCUCAAGAGCUGGCGCGACGGGCUGCCCUUCUUCGGCUUCGUCGGCCGCUUCCGCUGGUUCCGCGACGUGGUGAUGAACACGCCGUGGGGCGUCUACUUCCUCCCCAGCACGGCCGACGACUCCGGCAUGGGGUACCUGAUGAAGCAGGCCAACAGGGAGGUGUCGGAGAGGGAGCGGCGCAUCCUCGAAGAGGGCUACGUCCAGGAGAAGCCCGAUUAUCUGCAAUCCUGCCUCGAGGCCCGGAUGGACGGCGAGCCCCUGACGCCGACGCAGAAACGAGCGCACGUCACGCUGCUCAUCCAAGCCGGCGCCGACACGACGGGCACGGCGCUCGGCAGCACGCUGCGGUUCCUCCUGACGCACGAACGGGCGCUCGCGCGCGCGCGCGCCGAGCUGGCCGCCGCCGCCGCCGCGGACCGCCUCAGCACGCCGAUCCAGUACGAGGAGACGCGCGGCCACCUCCCCUUCUUCGCGGCGUGCAUCAAGGAGUCUCUGCGGCUGAACCCGCCGGCGCCGAACCUCUUUGCGCGGGUGGCGCCGUCGCCGGGUGGCAAGGUCGUGGACGGGACGUGGGUGCCGCCCGGCGCGGAGAUGACGAGCAACGCCAACGUCGUGCAGCGCGACCCGCGGCUGUACGCGCCGGACCCGGAAGCGUUCCGACCCGAGCGGUGGUUGGGGGAGGAAGAGGAGGGCGAGGGUGGUGAUGCCUCGAAAGAGGUGAUUGGCGAGAUGGAGGCUUGCGCUUUUGUCUUCGGCAUCGGGCCGCGGGUGUGCCUGGGCAAGGACGUGGCCAUCAUGGAGUUGUACAAGCUGGUCCCGGAGAUUGUUCGCCGGUUCGACUUUGAAGUGAUCCGCGAAGGGAAAUAUGUCGUUGCUGGGGGCGUGGCGUACAACGAGGGGUUCGAGGUUCAACUCAGGUUGAGGGACAAUGAGAGUAAAGACUGA